AUGCCCGACGAGGAGAAAACCGUAGACUUCGACGAUGAGCCCCAGGAGAGCGGCGUGCUCACAGUCAACAACACUCCAUCCCAGCAGACCGCCACUGAAGCUACCCUCGCUGCCCCGCCUAAGCCUCCCCGGCCUUUGAGUCCCAAGCAGCAUGCGGAGAACACACUCACAGAGGCUUUCCCUACAAUUGAUACAUCGGUUGUCAAGGCUGUGCUGACAGCAAGCAAUUGGAAUGUCGAGCGAGCAUUUAACGCACUCCUCGGUAUGACCGACCCUACUGCGCAGGAGGAUAUGGUUCCUCCCCCGAAGCCACCUCGUCCCACUCAACGACAGGCCACUUCUACCACCCAGAGACAAAUGGAAUCCGACGAAAUGUAUGCGCGCCAACUGGCUGAGCACUACAACUCCCGCCGCGGACCGUUCCAAGAGUGGCAGAACGACCCUCGGUAUAACCAGUCACGAGGAAGACAAGAAGAGGAGGAGGAAAAGGAAUAUAGCUUUUUUGAUGAUGAUUUGCCGGUGAUUCGUGAGAAUCUGCGCAAGGGAUUCUUGGAGACACAGUCCAAAGUGAACUCAUGGGUCACAAACUUCAAGAAGAGACUGGAUGGUGAUGAUCUGGAUGAGGAGCCCAACCAAGAUCGCGAGCAACAAGCAGCGUACGGGCGUCCGCGACGAAGCGGCGAUACGAGCCGUCGCAGUGGAGAUAGAGAGCGCUAUGAUGCAGACCCACAGGUGCUAGGAGAUGACUUCUCUGCUCUUGAACUGAGAGACUCUGAAGGUAUAACAUGCCCCUUCUCCAGAUCUGCUUUGUAUCCAACUAACACUACGUCAGCUCCUCCGCCCCGUCCUCCUCGCCCUCUGGCCAACACAGAUUUCAAGAAAACAUCGUCGCCAUCCCCCGAUCGACGAAAGGUAUCAUUCCAGGAUGGACCACCCACCGAGAUCGAUACCGGACGCAAUGUUCCCAGCGGCAGCAAGUCCAGCAAGUGGCAGCCCUUGGCAACAGUGGACCCAUCCCCAGUAGCGGAGAACGACCCCUUUAGCCUGGGCGAUAGUGAUGAUGAGAAGGAGACCAAGCCUAAGGAGCAACCCACUGUUGCAGAGAGUGACCAACUCAAGAAUGCGACAGCUGAGGCCAUGUCUGCUGAAAUUGGCUCGAAAGAGAAGGACGAUAAGGCCGAAUCCUCAAAGUAA